AUGGCCGACCUACCCACUACAUUUGACAAGCCUGUCCAUAUCGCCGUCAUUGGCGGCACUGGCCUUGGCCAACUUGAAGGCUUCGAGCCUGUCGCUUCUCUGAACCCAACUACACCUUGGGGCCAACCCGCGUCGCCGAUCCAGAUCCUCUCCCACAAGGGUGGCUACGUUGCUUUCCUUGCCCGCCAUGGCGUUCACCACCAGUUUGCUCCUCACGAGGUGCCAAACCGUGCCAACAUUGCUGCUCUACGACAUAUCGGUGUUCGAUCCAUUAUCGCCUUCUCCGCCGUCGGUUCGUUGCAGGAGGAGAUCAAGCCUAUGGAUUUUGUGAUUCCUGACCAGGCUAUUGAUCGUACAAAGGGUGUUCGACCUUUCACCUUCUUCGAGGGCGGCGUUGUCGGACACGUCGGCUUCGCUGACCCUUUUGACGCUGGUCUUGCUAAGGUGGUCAAGGAUUGUGCAGCUCAUAUGGAAGGUGAGGGUGUCGUCUUGCAUGACAAGGGCACUGUCGUUGUGAUGGAGGGACCCCAAUUCUCGACCCGUGCUGAGUCGCACAUGUACCGAUCGUGGGGUGGAUCGGUCAUUAACAUGUCGACUCUUCCCGAGGCGAAGCUUGCUCGUGAGGCCGAGCUGGCUUACCAGGUCAUUGCCAUGGCUACCGACUACGACUGCUGGCACUCCUUUGAGGACGUUAACGUCGAGUUGGUCCUCAAGUACAUGAAGGCUAACAAUGAGAAUGCUAAGCGCUUAGUUGCCGGUGUUCUGGAUCGUCUCGCCGAGCUUGGAGACAGCGACUUGGUUCUGGCUAAGCAUCUGGCUGGCUCUUCUCAAGGUGCCGUUAAGUUCAUGACCAAGCCUGCAGGCCGCAACCCUGAGGCCAUGAAGAAGGUUGAAUACCUUUUCCCAGGUUUCUGGGAGGAGUAA